CGGCUGUGAGCGAUACCUUUGCUCAUACUCAUUGGAGGGAUACUUUGCCUGGUUGCCUGGGAACAUACAGAAGAUGUACAUCAAGAAAAUUGUUCUUGAAGGAUUUAAGUCAUAUGCUCAGAGGACAGAAAUUCCUGACUUUGACCCAUUAUUCAAUGCCAUUACUGGCUUGAAUGGCAGUGGCAAGUCCAACAUCUUGGACUCAAUCUGUUUCCUCUUGGGUAUCAGCAGUCUGUCACAGGUGCGUGCUUCCAACUUACAAGACCUAGUUUAUAAAAAUGGGCAAGCUGGAGUUACUAAAGCAACUGUGUCUGUUACCUUUGAUAAUUCUGACAAGCAACUGAGUCCACUGGGAUUUGAAGCUAAUGAUGAAAUCAUCGUCACUAGGCAGAUUGCCGUUGGUGGUAGAAAUAAGUAUCUUAUCAAUGGUGUGAAUGCUACCAACACUCGUGUGCAAGAUCUCUUCUGUUCCGUUGGACUUAAUGUUAACAACCCUCACUUCCUCAUUAUGCAGGGUCGAAUUACCAAAGUUUUAAAUAUGAAGCCACCAGAGAUUUUAGCUAUGAUUGAAGAAGCAGCUGGUACUAGGAUGUAUGAAUCCAAGAAAAUAGGUGUCCAGAAAACCAUAAUGAAGAAGGAAGCCAAACUGAAAGAUAUUGAAACGGUCUUAAAUGAGGAGAUCACUCCAACUUUAGAGAGACUGAAAGAGGACCGAACAGCAUAUCUAGAAUACCAAAAAGUAGUACGAGCAUUAGAUCAUUUAAGCCGCCUCUGUAUAGCUUAUGAGUUUGUUCUGGCUGAAAAGACAAAGACAGCCUCUGCUGAAUUAUUAAAGGAAAUGAAGGGUAAUAUAGAGAAGCUUUGUGAAUCAGUGGCUGAAAAUGAAGAGAAGAUAAGACAACUUAAUGAAGAAAUAGUGGGGAUGGAAAAGAAAAGGGAUGAGGAAGUUGGUGGUAGGCUCUCUUCACUGGAAGAUGCUCUUUCAAAAAUUCAAAAAGUUGAUACUAAAGCACAAAGUGCCCUUGAUGUCAAGAAGCAAAACUUAAAAGUUGAAGAGAUUAAGUACAAAGAGUUGAUAAAAAGUUUGGAGGAGGAGUCUGAAGUACUAGUGUCAAAGGAGAAAGCGGUAAAGGAGGUACAGAAAGCACUAAAUACUCUACAGGAAGCAAGUGAAAAAGAUGCAGACGCUCUAGCUGCAGCACAACUGCAUUUUAAUGCAGUGUCUGCUGGCUUGUCCAGCAGUGACAGUGGUGAAGAAGCUACUCUUGCUGGGCAGAUGAUAACCUGCAAAAAUGAAAUCAGCAAAGCAGCAACAGAGGCUAAACAGGCUCAAAUGAAGUUGAAUUAUGCAUGCCAAGAAUUAAAGACAAAACAAGCUAAAGUUAAAAAGAUGGACGAAGGCUACAAGAAAGACCAAGAAGCGUUUGAAGCUGUCAAAAAAACAAAAGAAGUACUAGAGGACCAAAUGAAGAAGCUGAACUAUGAAGAAGAGAAAGAAGAAGCCCUUUUAGCAGAGAAAGUGGCAUUGACUCGUGACAUCAGCCGACUGAGAGAACACCAUGAAAGCUUAAUCGCAAAGUUUCCUCAUCUACAGUUUGAAUACAAGCAUCCAGAAAAAAAUUGGGAUGUGAAUUCUGUGAAAGGCCCUGUUGUGCACCUUUUUACUGUGAAAGAUCUAUCCAAAGCAAAAGCCCUGGAAGCGGUGGCUGGAGGGAAACUCUAUCAGAUUGUUGUGGACACAGAGGUUACUGGCAAAAAGCUUUUAGAAAAGGGUGCACUAAAGUGUCGAUCCACCAUCAUUCCACUGAACAAAAUUUCAGCCAGGUGUGUUAAAGAAGAGAAAAUCAAGUUGGCCCAAACCUUGGCUGGUCAUGGUAAUGUGUAUUUAGCCCUUUAUCUGAUUGAAUAUGAAUCUGAACUGCAGAAAGCAAUGGAGUAUGUCUUUGGAACAACACUGGUCUGUAAUAACAUGGAAAAUGCUAAGAGAGUGACCUUUGACAAAAGGAUAAUGAUGAGAAGUAUUACAUUUGAUGGAGACGUGUUUGACCCCCAGGGCACUCUGCGUGGAGGUGGGUGCUUACAGUUUACAUCAGUGUUGUCUAACCUUCAAGAAAUGAAAAAUGUUGCAGCAAAACUCAAGGAAAAGGAAUCUGAACUUGGGACUGUAGAGGAUGAGCUGGCAAGGUUGAAGAAGGUUGCUGAAAAGUACCGGCAAUUGAAACAGCAGUGGGAGAUGAAGUCUGAGGAAGCAGAGCUGCUGAAAACAAAGCUUCAUCAAAGUGCUUAUCACAAACAAGAGGAGGAGCUGCUUGCCUUGAAGAAAACCAUUGUGGAGUGUGAAGAGACAUUAAAGAAAACUGAAGAGAGCCAAAAGAAAGCAGAAGAUAAAUAUAAGGUAUUAGAGAAUAAAAUGAAAAAUGCAAAAGCGGAAUGUGAAAAAGAACUAAAAAAUGCCCAGCAGAAACUAGACGGUGCAAAGAAAAAGGCAGAGGCUUCAAGCAAAAAAAUGAAAGAAAAGCAGCAGGAAGUUGAAGCUCUAGUUCUGGAAAUUGAAGAGCUAAAACAAGAACAGGCCUCCUAUAAACAACAGAUAGCAGCUGCAGAUAAAGCAAUCCAGUCCUACCACGAGGAAGUUAAUGCUAUGGCAGCUGAGGUAUCCAAGAUAAAGGAAUCUCUAAAGAAAUCGCAGAAGGAGCUGGCCAAGGAAAAGGAAUUAAUUGCGUUACAGGAUGAAGCAAUUAAAGCCAAGUCUGCAGAGAGAGCAAAAUACACAGAACAACACAAUGAAUUACAGCUUAAGGCUAAAGCUUUAGAACACGACAUCAGCAAACAUCAACAAGAGGCUGCAGGUGCUGCUACCAAGGUGACCAAAAUGCUGAAAGAGCAUGAGUGGAUAGCUUCAGAGAAAACACUUUUUGGUCAGCCAAACACAGCCUAUGACUUCAAAAUUAACAAUCCAAAAGCAGCAGGUCGGGAGAUGCAGAAAUUGCAGGCAAAGAAAGAGAUGUUGGGAAGGAAUGUGAACGUGAAAGCUAUGACUAUGCUUUCUGAGACAGAGGAAAGGUACAAUGACCUAAUGAGGAAAAAAAGAAUUGUAGAGAAUGACAAGUUAAAAAUUCUUGAAACUAUUGAAGAGCUUGACCAGAAGAAAAAUGAAGUUUUACAAAUUGCUUGGGAAAAGGUGAACAAAGACUUUGGUUCAAUUUUCUCAAUGCUUCUACCAGAAGCCAAAGCUAUGCUAGUACCCUGUAAAACCCAGGAUGUCUUGCAUGGCCUGGAGUUCAGAGUUGCCUUAGGAAACACGUGGAAGGAAAACUUAACGGAGCUUAGCGGAGGACAAAGAUCAUUGGUGGCUCUGUCCUUGAUCUUAUCCAUGCUUCUCUUCAAACCUGCCCCAAUUUACAUCUUGGAUGAAGUGGAUGCAGCUCUUGAUCUCUCUCAUACUCAGAAUAUUGGCCAGAUGCUUCAUGCUCAUUUCAGACAUUCCCAGUUUAUUGUGGUGUCCUUGAAGGAUGGAAUGUUUAGCAAUGCCAAUGUCCUCUACAAGACCAAGUUUGUGGAUGGUGUAUCCACUGUCACAAGACACAGUCAGCUUAAAGAAAGAAAGAAUGCAUCUGUCCUUGAGAAAGCCCAGAAAGUACCUAAAGAGUGACAAAAGAGGGGCUGCAGAACCAGGAAAGUUACUCACUGGCCCUUCAUGUGCAGCAACAGCUGCUUAAGUGUUCUCUGUCUUUCUGUCUGUAGCUAGGCCAGGAAGACACUCUUAAUUCUUUUUUAGAAGUACUUUAAAUCUUGAAAUACUCUUUUAUGUCUCAGCCUUUAGUUCACAUCUGUAUCUUACAUCAGUGCUGUAAAUUAUAAAAAUUCUAAAAAUUAACUUGGGAUUCUAAAAAUUAAUUCUCAGUAUUUAGCAGCAUCUCAACAUAAACCAUCAGGUUGUGGUGUUUGCCUUUCUCACUUUUUCAUUGAACAGCACCUACUCUGAAUUAAGCACCAUGUUGUAUUUCUCAGUAAUUUGAUUUAAUUAUGUAUUUUAAACAUCAGAGGCAAGAGAAUCUGUAUUUCUAUGACCAUCUGUGCCUAAGGUCAGAUAAUGCUGAUGUCUUUUUAUAGUAUGUAUUUUUUUUUAUACUUAAUUUCCCUUGUCUUCCUUAAGUAGUGAACCCAAACAACAUAAAGUUAUCCUGCUGCCCUUGCUAGUGGAAACCCGUCUGCAGCAGAAAGCAAACUUUAGUCACGCUGCCCGCAUGGAGGAUCUUCACUCACUGCAGCAACCUGCACUAUGACAAAGGGAUGCGGACCUACCACGAGCAGCAGCAAGGUUCUGUGUUUUGGGGGUGUAUGGUGUGAUAAUGUUCACCUUUCCAGAUGGCGGCCAACAUGCACAAAGGAGGUAUUCCCUCCUCCCCCCUGAGGCAAUUUCAGAGAUAAAUGUAAUUGAGGUUUGCGGUGGGAGGCAGGGAAUGUGUCUGUCUGGA